AUGUCUCAACGACAUUUUGGUUGUAUGCUUUCUAGUGGUUUUGAUUCAAGUCUACUUGCUGCUUUAACUGUACAAGAACCUCAUCAACAAGGUAUCAAUUAUCCAAUAGAAACAUUUCCAUUUAGAAUGAAAGAAAAAAAUCUGGAUUUAAUUGCUACACGAAAAGUAGCACGACAUAUCGAUAGUCAACAUCAUGAAAUACGUUUUACAGUCGAAGAUGCAAUAAAACAUUUGAAAAAUCUCAUUCAAACACUUGAAUGUUAUGAUAUAGGACAAAUUCGAGCAUCAAUUGGAAUGUAUUUAGUUUCGAAAUAUAUCUAA